ACCUGGCUGCGUGUUUGUUUCCGGACCCGCGGAGCUCGGUGUUGUGUGUCCGUUGCGUGUUCGGUGUCCAUUGCUCUGUCCGGUUUUCUCCGCGAGGCUCCAAGUGACUCCGCCAUUGCCUCCAUGGCCCUGGGACCUGCAGGUACUGGAAGGUCCAUUGGGAAGAUGUCGGGACACCACAGAAGACAAGAACCGAUUCUGUUAGCCUAUCGAAAAUGCAAGAUGCAGUUCUUUCAUGGGAACACUUAUUAGAACUUAAGAAUAAUCAUUGUGAACAACUUACAGUAAAUAUUAAACAAAUGGAAAAUGUGGUUGGUGUACUACAAAAGGAGCUAUGUGAAGCAAAAGAAACACAAUUACAGUUAGAGCAUGAAAAAGGUCAAUGGGAACAAGAACGCUACAGUUUGAGAUGGAGCUGUCUAGUUGAAGGAAAACAAGCUCAGGACUUUCACUGAUUCUACAUCAUAAUGACCUUAAAAGAAGAAGAAAAGGGAAGAAAUGCUGAUAUAUUGCCUAAAAAAGACAGUGAACAGUUAAAAAGAAAAGAAAAGGAAUGUGGGAAAGAAGUUGAAACAGCAACUCAAACAGACUCUGAAAUCACUGGUCACAGAAUUGAGGACAUUAGGAAAGAAUUUGGAUCAGGUUGUGCAGAAGCGAAGCGAUACCCACAAGCAACUUUCUGAAGAGCAGAAUGCCAGAAUAUUACAAGAUGAGAUUCUGACCAGUAAGCAAAAGGAGGUCGAAGGGGCUCAAAAGAAAAUGAAUUCUGAGAAGUAACUGCAAUUUGAUGGAGGAGGACUAGAAGUAGAAUCAGAAGACCUGGGGAAAAUCCUGCAUCUUGCAUAUAUUUCAGUCUCUCCUCUUCAGAAUUGCGACCUUAAAUGAGUUCAGUAAUAUUUCUCAAAGCCAUAAGAAAGAAGAAGACCUGUUGCAUAAAAAUAGUAUGUUGCAGGAAGAAAUUGCCAUGCUAAGACUGGAACUAGACACAAUAAAACAUCAGAACCAGCUGAAAGAAAAGAGAUAUUUGAAGGAUGUUGAAAGUGUGAAAUAAAAGAAUGACAACCUUCAAAAUAUGAUAAAACUGAAUGAGGAAACAUCAACAAAAAUAGUAUUUCAGUACAGUGGACAGCUUAGCAUUUUGACAGCUGAGAAUAAAACUCAGUUCUCAACUUGAGAAUGUAAAACACAACAUGGAAAGACUGGAAAUGGAAAUUCAGUCAUAUCGAUGCAGGCUGGCUGCUGCCGUACAUGAUUGUGAUCAAAGUCAGACAGCAUAAGAAAACCUAGAACUUGCUUUCCAGAGAACAGGACAUGAAUGGGUUCAUUUACAGGAGAAAAUGAAUUCUGAUAUGUCUAACCUAAAAGAUAACAGUUAGAUUCUUUCUGAAAAAACUCUCUAAUGCUGACAGUAAAAUUAACAGCCUAAAAAUUAAGUUUCAUCAUGCAAGAGAAACACUCAGAGAAAAGACGUCAGUUUUAGAAUGUUUCCAAAGAGACCUUGGCCAAACACAGUGUCAAAAGAAAGAAAUUGAACGAAUGUAUAAAAAUGAACAAAGCAAAGUAAAUAAAUUCGCUGAAGAAGCAGGAAUCUAUAGAGGACAGAUGUGCUCAACUACAAAGUGAAAAUAGGUUGCUUCGACAGCAACUCGAUGAUGCCCACAAGAAAGCUGACAAUCAAGAAAAGACAAUCAGUACUAUCCAAGACCAAAUCCAUGCCGUUGUAAAAAAAUCUAGCUGGGAGUGAAAUGCAGAGUCUUCUGCUAGAAGAGAAAAACAAAGACUUAAUCAAUGUAUGUAAUAAUUUGAAAGAAAGAAUAUAUCAAUGUGAAAAAGAGAAAGAAAAAAAACUCCAGCUGUAAAAGCCAAAGGUCCAGGGAUGGUCCCAUACCCUUUUUUCCAGUCUCAUGUUGAAGAUUUUUACGUAGAAGCUCUUCCCAAAGGAGUUUUUUUUUUUUUUUUUGAGACAGAGUUUUUACUCUUGUCGCCCAGGCUGGAGUGCAAUGGCACAACCUUGGCUCACUGCAACCUCUGCCUCCUGGGUUCAAGCGAUUCUCCUGCCUUAGCCUCCCAGGUUGCUGGGAUUAUAGGUGCCCACCACCACAUCAGGCUAAUUUUUGUAUUUUUAGUGGAGAUGGGGUUUCACCAUGUUGGCCAGGCUGGUCUCGAACUCCUGACCUCAGGUGAUCCUCCUGCCUCACCCUCCCAAAGUACUGGGAUUACAAGUGUGAACCCAUGCCCGGCCAGGAAUUUUUUUUUUAAGAAGGCUGUCUACUAAUGGAAUUCCUGGCCUUAAGAGGAUAUUACUUUCAAAGGAAAGGAUUUAUUUCGUUAUUUAAAGAGUCACCUAAGCUGAAGAUUCCCUUGAGAACAAGUACUGUACUGUGGUUUCAUGGCCUUUCUUCCAUUUGUGGUUCUUGCCAAGUGGAAUUUAAAUGACAUCUUAUCAAGAUGGAUAAACCCUAGUUUCCCAGUGCUGGAAUAUAUAAAAUGGAUAGACAAAAUGUCUUUUUGUCACUUCCGGCUCGAUCUACCAUGAAAGAUUUCUGAAUCCAGGAAGAGAGACUGACUGGGCAACAUGUUAUUCAGAUGGGGUCUUCUUAUGUUGCCCAGGAUGGUCUCAAAUUCCUAGGCUCAAGUGAUUCCGCCCACCUCUGCCUCCCAAAGUGCUGGGAUUACAGGCAUGAGCCACCGCAUCUGGCCAGCUUACUUUCUAUUACUGGCUCAAUGUAAAGGCUCCAUCUCAGGAACAGCCAAUGAAAGAGAUGCACAGGACGAGGAACAGGACCUUUCCCUGUCACUCAGGAUGGAGUUCAGUUGUCCAAUCAUGGCUCAUUGUAGCCUCAAACUCCCAGGCUCAAGCAAUCCUACCAUGUCAGCCUUCCCAGUAGCUGCUGGAUCUACCAUGAAAGACUUCUGAAUCCAGGAAAAGAGACUGACUGGGUAACAUGUUAUUCAGGAGAUGGGGUCUCACCCUGUCACCCAGGCUUGAGUACAGUAGUGCUAUCACAGCUCACUGCAGCCUUGAACUCCUGGGCUAAGGAUCCUCCUACCUGAGCCUCCUGAGUAGCUGGGACUGUAGGGUCUCCCUCUCUUGUCCAAGGCUGGAGUGUAGUAGUGCUAUCACAGCUGUCUGCAGCCUCAACCUUCCAGGCUGAAGCGAUCCUCCCAUCUCAACCUCCCACGUGGCUGAGACUAUAGGUGCUUGCCACUAUGCCCAACUAAUAUUUGGAAUUUUCCUAUACGUGGAUUCCAGAGGGGUGACAGCGAAACGUGAGUGGGACCAUCCAGUUGCAGGAAAACAAGCUUAACACGCCCACUGAUUCUACAUUAUGCUCCUACCUCCCGGCAGCCUCUCCAGGCCCAGAACUUUCUCCAGUCAGCCUCCACAGACCAAGCUCAUGACUCACAAUGGCCUAUUUAGGCCCAUACCCUACCUCACGGCAGUCUCCACAGAUGAGGCUACUGCCUCACAACAGCCUCCACAGGCACAGCUCCACCGUUACAAUGGCCUCUUUAGACCCAGCUCCUGCCUCCCAGCCUUCUCUCCAGGCCCUGAACUUUCUCAAGUCGACCUCACCAGGCCCAGCUCAUGCUUCUUGGCAGCCUCUCCAGGCCCAGCUCCUGCAUCUUGGCAGCCUCUCCAGGCCCAGCCUCUGCCUCCCGUCAGCCUCUACAGUCCCAACAUCUGCCUCACAGCAAAUUCUUCAGGCCCAGCAUCUGCCUCACUGUGGACCACCCAAGCCAAGCUCCCAACCUUUCAGCAGCUUCUACACACCCAGCUCCUGCCACCCAGUGGCCUCUUUAGGCCAAGCUCAUGCCUCACAAGGGCCUUUCCAGGCCCAACUUUUGUCUCAUGGCAACCUUCCCUGGCCAGAUUCCUGCCUGUCUCCCAGCAGCCUAGACAGGCCCAGGUCUUGCCUCACACUGGCCUGUCUGCAUCCAGCUCUUGCCUCACGGUGGCCUCUCCAGGCCCAGCUCCUGUCCCAGGACGUCAUCUCCAGGCCCAAAACUUCCUCAAGUCAGCCUCUCUAGUCCCAACUGCUGCCUCCUGGUGGCCUAUGAAGGCCCAAAAUCUCCUCAAGUUGACCUCUCCAGGCCCAGCUCCUGCCUCCUGUCAGCAUCUACAGGCCCAACCUCUGCCUCAUGGGGGCUUCUCCAGGCCCAGCUCUUCCUCUGGGCUGAGUCUACAGGCACAACUGCUGCCUCACAACAGCCUUUUUUGGCCCAGUUCCUGUCCAGCUCACAGCAGCCAAUGUAGGCCCAAAACUUACUCAAGUCAAACUCUCCAGGCCCGCCUUCUGCUUCCCAGUGGCAUGAACAGGCCCAGCUUUGACUUGAGAACAGCCUCUGCAGGCCCUGCUCUUGCCUCCCAGGGGCUUCUCCAGGCCCAGCUCUUGCCUCAUGGCGGCUGCCCCAGGCCAAGUUUCUGCCUGCCUGCCAGCAGCCUCAACAGGCACAGCUCCUCCCUCACAGUGGCCCAUUUAGGCCCAACUCAUGACUGUCGGGCCAUUUCCAGGCCUAGUGCCUGCCUCCUGGCUGACUCUUGAAGCCCAAAACUUCCUCAAAUCAGCCUUUUGCCCAACUUCUGUCUACUGUCGGACUCUACAGGCCAGCCUCUGCCCCACAGUGGACCCUCCAGACCCAGAUGGUGUCCCACUGUGGCAUCCUCAGGCGAAGCUCCUGCCUUUCGGCAGCCUCUACGGGCCCAGCUCCUGCCUUGCAAUGGCUUCUUUAGGCCAAGCUCAUGCCCCACGGCGACUUUUCCAGGCACAGCUUUUGCCUUUUGCAGCCUGUCCAGGCCCAGAAUGUGCUUAACUCGGCAUCGCCAGGACAAGCUCAUCCUCCCAGUGCGUCUACAGGCCCGUCUCCUGCCUCACAACAACCUCCUUUGGCCCAACUCCUGCUGAGCUGCUUGGCAGCCUCUGUAGGCCACAGAGUUCUUAAAGUAAAGCUUUCCAGGCCCACCUUCGGCCUCCCGGCAGCCUCAGCAAUCAAACUAUUCCCUCACUGCGGCCACCGAAAGCCAAGUUUCUCCCUGCCUCACGGCAUCCUCCGAAAACUGAGCAUUUGCCUCACGGUGGCCUCCCCAGGCCACGAAUCUGCCUGCCUCCCAGGCAGCUGCUGCCUCACAGUGGUCUCUUUAGGCCCAGCUCAUGCUAAAAGACGGACUCUCCAGGCACAGCUCUUGCCUCCUGGCAGGCUCUGCAGGCCCAAAUUCUCCAAAAGUUGGCCUCUCCUAACUCAGCUCCUGCCUCAUGUCGGCCUACACAGGCCCAGACUCUUACCACACAGUAGACCCUCCAGGCCCACCACUUGCCUGAGCAUAGCCUCCUAAGGCCAAGCUCCUGCCUUUCAGCAGCUUCCACAGGCCCAGCUCCUGCCUCGCAAUUGCCUUUGUAGGCCAAGAUCAUGCCGCGAAGUGGCCUUUCCUAGCCUAACUUUUGCUUUUUGACGCAUACUCCAGUCCCAAAACUUCCUCCAGUCAGCCGGUCCAGGCCAAGCUCUUCCUCCCAAAGGCUUCUGCAGGCCAAAAUCAUCCUGAAGUCACCCUCUGCAGGCCCAGCUCCUGCCUCCAAGUGCUGUGUAGGCCAAGCUAAUGCCUCACAGCACACUUUCCAGGCUGAGCAUUUCCUUUUGUGCAUCCUCUCCAAGCCCUGAACUUACUCCAGUUGGCUUCUCCAGACCAAGCUCUCCCUCCCAGUGGCCUCUACAGGCCAAAACUGUCCUCAAGUCAGCGUCUCCGGGGCCAACUCCUAGCUACCAGUGGCUUCUGCAGGCCAAAAUCGACCUCAAGUCAGCCUCUUCACACCCAGCUCUUGCCUCUAAGUGGCCUCUCCAGGAGCAAAACUUCCUCAAGUCGGCCUCUCCAGGCCCAGCCUCCUGCUUCCCGAGGGCGUGUACAGGCCCAGCCUCUGCCUCACAGCAGACUCUCCAUGCCCAGCUCUUCCCUGUCUGCUGCCUCUCCAGUCCAAAGCUGCUCCUGCCUUUUGGCAACUUGUACAGGCCCAGCUCCUCCCUCACGGUGGCCUCUUUUCGCCCAACUCAUGCCUCUUGCAACCUGCCCAAGUGUCAGCUCCUGCCUCACACUGGCCUGUUGAGGCCCAGCUCAUGCCUCUCAUGGCCUCAACGGGCCCAGCCCCUGCCUGUCGGCGGCCUCUACCUCACAGUGGACUCUCCAGGCCCACCCCUUUCUCACCGUGGCCUCCUGGGGCAAUGCUCCCCGCUCUCGGGAGCCUCUGCGGGCCCAGCUCCUGCCUCCCAGUGGCCUCUGUAGGCCAAGCCUGUGCCUCAGGGCAGCCUUUCCAGGCCUAGCGUUUGCUGCUUUGCAUCCUCUCCAGGCUCUGGACUUCCUCCAGUCGGCCUCUCCAGGCCCAGCUCUUCCUCCCGGCGGCCUCUGCAGGCCCAGACUGUCGUCAAGUCGGCCUGUCCAGGACCAGCUCCUGCCUCCCGGCGCCCUCUGCAGGCCCAAGUCGUCCUCAAGUCGGCCUCCCCAGGCCCAGCUCUGGCCUCUCGGCGGCCGCUCCGGGUGCAAAAGUUCCUCGAGUCAGCCUCUCCAGGCCCAGCUCCUCCUGCCUCCCAGUGGCCUCUUUCGGCCCAGCCCAGCUCAUGCCUCCCAGCGUCCUUCCCGGCCUCCUGCCUCCCGAAGGCCUGCACAGUCCCACCCUCGGCCUCACAGCGGACUCUCCACGCCCAGCUAGCUCUCGCCUCACUGCAGCCUCCCGAGUCCAAAACUCCUGCCUCUCGGCCACUUCGGCAGGCCCAGCUCCCACCUGCCAGUGGCCUCUUUAGGCCCAUGGGGCUCAUUCCUGACAAUGGCCUUUCCAGGCCCAGUUUUUCCCUUCCGGCGGCCUCUCCGGGCCCAGAACCUCCUCCAGUCAGCCUCUCCAGACCCACUUGCAGCCUCCCGGCGUCCUCUCCGGGCCCAGCUCUUCCUCCCAGCUGCGUCUCCAUGCCUGACUGCUGCCUCCCAAAAACCUCUUUGGACUCAGCGCCUGCCCAUCUCGUGGCGGCCUUGGUCGGCCCAGAGCUUCCUCAAGCCAAGCUCCCCAGGCCCAGGUCAGGCCUCACGGUGGCCUCUCCAGGAUCAGCUCCUGCCUCCGAUGGCGUCUCCAGGCCCCAAAUGGUCUCCGGUGGGUGGGCUCCUCCACGCCCAGCUUGGGCCUCCCGGCGACCUCUGCAGGCCCAAGUCGUCCUGAAGUCGGCGUCUCCCGGCCCUGCCUCCCAGCAAGUAAGCAAGCUCUUUUGGCUCAACUCCUGCCCAGCUCCCAGCCGCCUUUGUAGGCCCCGAACUUCCUCAAGCCAAGCUCUUCGGGCCCACCUACUGCCUCUCGGUGGCCUGUACAGGCCCAGCUCUGGCUGUAGAACAGCCUCUGCAGGUCCCGCUCUUGCCUCCCAAGGGCGUCUCCAGACCCAGCUCUCGCCCCCACGGUGGCCUCCCGGGGCCAAGUCCCUGCUUGCCUCCCGGCAGCCCGCGUGCGGCCCAGCUCCUCCCUCAUGGUGGCCUGUUGAUGUCCAACUCAUGCCUCUGGCACACUGCCCAGAGGCGUGAGUCCCUGCCUCACACCGGCCCCUCCCACGCUGAGAGAGGACGGCAUGAGCCCCUUGCCUAACACCGGCCCCUCCCACGCUGAGAGGUCGGCGUGAGCCCCUUGCCUCACACCGGCCCGUCCCACGCUGACCCCUUGCCUCACACCGGCCCCUCCCACACUGACCCCUUGCCUCACACUGGCCCCUCCCACGCUGACCCCUUGGCUCACACCGGCCCCUCCCACGCAGAGAGAGGUCAGCGUGACCCCUUGCCUUACACCGGCCCCUCCCAGGCUGAGAGGUCGGCGUGAGCCCCUUGCCUCACACCAGCCCCUCCCACGCCGAGAGAGGUCAGUGUGAGCCCCUGCCUCAACAGGCCACCGUGAGGGAGGAGCAGGGCCACACGCAGGCUGCCGGGAGCAGGCAGGGACUUGACCCCGGGAGGCCGUGGUGGGGCAAGAGCGGGGCCUGGAGACACCCCUGGGAGGCAACAGCGGGGCCUGCUGAUGCUCUUCUGCUGCCAGAGCUGGGACUCUGGGAGCAGGCCACUGGGAGGCAGGAUGUGGGCCUGAAGAGCUUGGCUGCAGAAACUUCGGGGUCUACAAACGCCGGCUGGAGCUGAGCCAAAAGAGCUUGCUUGCUGAGAGGCAGGAGGUGGGCCGAGAGAUGGAGCCAGGAGGAGCAGCUGAGCCUGCAGAGGCCGCCAUGCGGGAGGCAGAGGCUGCCAUGCGGGAGGCAGAGGCUGCCAUGCGGGAGGCAGAGGCCAGGCCUUCUCAAUUCGGCCUCUGCAGACCCACUUGCAGCCUCCCGGCGUCCUCUCCGGGCCCAGCUCUUCCUCCCGGCUGCGUCUCCACGCCCGACUCCGGCCUCCCAACAACAUCUUUGGACUCAGCUCCCAGUGGCCCUGGUAGGCCCACAACUUCCUAAAGCCAAGCUCCCCAGGCCCUGGUCAGGCCUCACGGUGGCCUCGCCAGGCUCAGCUCCUGCCUUCCGAUGGCGUCUCCAGGCCCCAAAAGGCCUCCGGUCGGUGGGCUCCUCUAGGCCCAUCUUGGGCCUCCCGGCAGCCUCUGCAGGCCCAAAUCGUCCUGAAGUCGGCCUCUCCAGGCCCAGCUCCAGCCUCCCGGCGGCCUCUGCAGGCCUAAGUCGUCCUCAGGUCGGCCUGGAAGUGGGCCUGGAAGAGCUGCACGUUGGCCUCCCCGGGCCCAGCUCCGUCCUCUCGGCGGCCUCUCCAGGUGCAAAACUUCCUCGAGUCAGCCUCUCCAGGUCCAGCUCCUCCUGCCUCCCAGUGGCCUCUUUCGGCCCAGCCCAGCUCAUGGCUCUCAGCGGCCUUUCCAGGCCCCGCUUUUGACUUUUGGUGGCCUCUUCAGGCCCAGAACUUGACCUCCAGUCGGCCUUUGCAGGCCCGGCUUCCUGCCUCUCGAAGGCCUGCACGGGCCCAGCCUCAGCCUCACAGUGGACUCUCCACGCCCAGCUAGCUCUCGCCUCACUGCGGCCUCCCCAGUCCAAAGCUCCUGCCUUUCGGCCGCUUUGGCAGGCCCAGCUCCUGCCUGCCAGUGGCCUCUUUAGGCCCAGCUCAUUCCUCACAAUGGCCUUUCCAGGCCCCGUUUUUCCCUUCUGGCAGCCUCUUGGCCUCUAAUUUGUUUAUCUUUUGUGUAUAAAUCCCAAAAUAUGGAAUGUUGGAAUAUUUCUACCAUUAUAUAAAUAUUUUCGAAGGUAA